AUGUGGGAAGACGAUAAAAUACAAUUGCAAUCACAGUGUUUACCCAUUCCCGGUCGAGAUCUUGAAUCAGCCGGACUGACAUCGUUUGCUGAUUUGACUACCGAAGAUCGGCAUAUAUUCAAUCAAUACCGUGAAAUCAUAGCAAAGAAGAUUCGUGAAGAGACUGAGUGGGAAUUCCCGGAUGAUUUCGAAUUCGUGCCUACAAGCAUCGCCCGGCAAAUCGAAUCGCACAGCAACUGUUAUUUUCGCAUCGAUUUGCCUCAUGCGAUUGUCACAGCCAAGAUUCUUCCAAAUCCUCAUGUGACCGACCAUUCCAAACAUGUCAGUAUUCACCAGGAACCACUCGUGAGUCGCGAAGCAUCUAUCACUGAACUGAUCUUGUGA